UAUGACACGCGGUGGACUGUUGUGGACCAAAAUUGACAUUAAAAAUAUUACAUUGUUUGCCAGGUAGUUAUUUUUAAAAGAGUAAGUUUACUAUGUAUGCCUUAAUAAUAUAAUUCGCUGUUAUUUUAAAUAGCCGCUAAUGGCUACUGAAACCUAGCUGUGUGUGUCAAUCGGAGAUACCUGAAACAAGCUGGUGCUAUGGCAUUAGCUUGCUACUAGCUGGAAUAAAUGGGGAAUACAUUCAAACGAAGUGAAUGAUAUCCAGCUACCUAGCUAGCGGACAUCGCGAAUGGUAUCCAUAGAUGAAUCGCUGAAAAUGAACCUCAAAACGGAAUCAACACAGAUCAUGGAUAUUUUUGAAAAAGGAAAGGUUCUGAAAAUAUGCGCGCCGAUGGUCCGUUACUCAAAGUUGCCGUUCAGAUCUCUAGUGCGAAAAUAUGACUGCGACUUGUGCUUCACUCCGAUGGUAGUUGCAGCCGACUUCAUGCGAUCUGUCAAAGCCAGAGACAGCGAAUUUACAACCAACCAGGGGGACCGCCCACUGAUCAUGCAGUUUGCUGCCAGUGAUGGUCAGACCCUGGCUGAUGCAGCCCGUGUGGUUUGCCCCUUCACUGAUGGAGUAGAUCUGAACUGUGGCUGUCCCCAGAGAUGGGCAAUGGCGGAAGGAUAUGGUGCGUGUUUGAUUAACAAGCCUGAACUGGUCAGAGACAUGGUUCGACUGGUCAGAAACCAAGUGGACAACCCCAAUUACUCUGUGUCCAUCAAAAUAAGGAUCCACAAGGACCUGCGGCGCACGGUGGACCUGUGCCAGAAGGCGCAGGCGGCCGGGGUGUCCUGGGUCACUGUCCACGGCCGCACGGCGGAGGAGCGGCACCAGCCCGUGCACUACGACGCCAUCAGGACCAUCAAGGACAGCCUCGCCGUCCCCGUCAUCGCCAACGGCGACAUCAAGAGCCUCUCGGACGUGGAGUCUACCCAUCAGCUGACAGGGGUCGAUGGUACAUCCACAAAGAUGACUAUCCAGUGGACGGUAGUGGCAUUCUUUCUCUAUGUGGAGAUUGGUAUCAUCCUAAUCCUCACUUUGCCCUUCAUAUCUGCUCAGAGAUGGCAGAAGAUUUUUAAGUUCAGCAUAUGGGACAGACUUGCACCAUACUGGAACAAAGGCUUUUUGACAAUGAUAAUAAUUCUCAUUGUUCUUUUCAUUGACGCUAUGCGGGAAGUGCGGAAGUACUCAGCGGCGGAACCGCAGAAAGAGGCAAAGCUGCACCCCAACAUGUUCGACCACCUGCACAUGAAGCUGUUCCGCGCCCAGAGGAACCUCUACAUCUCCGGCUUCUCCCUCUUCCUCUGGCUUGUCAUGAGACGCAUCAUCACUCUGAUUAACCAGCUUGCCACCUCCGUUGGCACUGGGGCAGCCCUGCAGACUCAAGCCGAGAAUGCUAACCAGGCAGCCAAGAAGUACAUGGAGGAUAAUGAGCACCUAAAACAGGCAUUGGAAGUAGAGAAAGUAGAGAAGAAGAAUGCUGAGGGGAAGGAGGCUCUCCAGCUGGAAGUGCAGAUGCUGAAGCAGGAGCUGGAGAGCGCAGGGCAUGCUCUGAAGAAGUCUCGCGCUGAGGCAGAGGCGAUGAGGAGACAGGCACAGGGCCUGACUCAGGAAUACGACCGUCUGCUGAAGGAGCACCAGCAGCUACAGGAUCUCCAACAAGGAUCUGGAGACAAGAAGGAUCAAUAAGGCAGGGUGUGCUCUGCUGCUAGUUUACUGACUCCAGUGUACAGACAUAAGAGAACCACUACCUUUCCCUCUCAAAGCCCAACAGCACUUUUCUCUCUGUGUACUGACAAAACAAACAGAGCAGUCCUCUUUAGAAUCAGUGAACAUGGACAAAUUCAUACACAGGCACAUUGCACUCCUUUCUGGAAGAAACUGGAGAGGAAGAAAAAAAAUCUAGUUUCAAAACAGUUGGAUUCUGUUUUAGUUGAAAUUGAAAAAUGUCAAAAAAUUUGCAACUUAAUAUAAAAAUGCUCUUGACGACCUAGUCCAGACAGGGACGCUAUAUGACCUGCCAUGGACAAAUUAACUUGUUUAUGUAAUGCAACUCAUUUGAAAGAAUAGCAUCCAUCCUGGAAGAGUUUAUUUACAAGAUUUAUAUUCAUGUGGAGUGCUGUCAAAUGAAUGGAACAGAAAGUGUGAACUAUGUGAAAGUUGUGUGAAGAAAAGUGUUCAUAAAGUACCGUUCAGUGAAAAUAUCUCACAUAUUUUUUUAAGAAUGAGAAUUUCUAGCAAUGUCGUGCUGCUAAAUGUACAGUAUCUGCCACAUGGUGGCAUUGUGCACUCAGCUGAAACAAAUGACUGUAUUUUAUCUGUUAAGAAUUAAAGUUAUGUUCCUGGC